AUGGACUCUUUACCUUCCCAACAACAACAACAACAACAACAACAACAACAACACAAUCUUGACGAUAAUAUCCAACAAACCCUAACCCACAAUCCUCAAACCGAUUCCACCGACUCAACCUCCUCCGCUCAACAACGCAAACGUAAAGGCAAAGGUGGUCCCGACAACUCCAAGUUUCGUUACCGUGGCGUCCGACAAAGAAGCUGGGGCAAAUGGGUCGCCGAGAUCCGUGAGCCACGUAAACGCACUCGCAAGUGGCUUGGUACUUUCGCCACCGCCGAAGACGCCGCACGUGCCUACGACCGUGCCGCCGUUUUCCUCUACGGGUCACGUGCUCAGCUCAACUUAUCACCGUCCUCUCCUUCUUCCGUCUCUUCUACUUCCUCCACCGUCUCCGCCGCUUCAUCUUCUCCUUCUUCCUCUUCUUCCUCCACUCAAACCCUAAGACCUCUCCUCCCUCGUCCCUCCGCCGUCUCCUCCGCCUCCGCCUUUGGUCAUUACGGUGUGCCUUUUACCAAUAAUAUUUUUCUUUCUGGUGGGACCUCUAUGUUAUGCCCUAGUUAUGGUCUUCUCCCUCACCAACACCAACAACAACAGAAUCAGAUGACGCAAGUGGGACAGUUCCAUCACCAACCGUAUCAGAAUCUUCACUCGUGUAAUAACAAUAACAAGAUGAGUGACGUGGGGCUCACAGAUGUCCCGGUUAGUAAUUCGACGUCGUUUAAUCAUGAAGUGGCGUUAGGGCAAGAACAAGGAGGAAGUGGUUGUAAUAAUAACAACAAUUAUUCAAUGGAGAAUAUGAAUUCUCUAGCUGGCUCUGUGGGUUCGAGUCUUUCAAUAUCCACGGCCGUUGUUGAUCCGGUUAGUUCUAUGGGUAUGGAUCCGGGUUAUAAUAUGGUUGGAGAUGGAUCUUCAACGGGUUGGCCAUUUGGUGCAGAAGACGAGUAUAGUCAUUGGGGGAGUAUGUGGGAUUUUGUUGAUCCCUUUUUGCUUGACUUUUGA